GCUGCUCUACCCGCUCUGCAUUGGAUUGGGAUGGAUCCAUUCUCUCUCCUUCUCUAAUACUUGCAUGCCCUCUCCCAUUGCACUCACUCCCUUGCCACAUCCCUCCCCCAUGUAAUCACCUACCAUUCAUUCAAAAGGAAGCCAACCCACAGCCAACGGUGAGUGAUUGAUUCACCCUCCAGUCAAUGCAAUUGUUAACCAGAUCGCCCUUCCCCCUGAGAACAACUUCCUAUGACUCCUCCCUCUCCCUUGUCAUUCUACACCAAAAGCUAUCAACCCUGAGUCAUCAUCUCCUCCCACCACACCCAACCCAUGAGCACGCCCUCCUCUCUCUUCUCCUCAAACAUCAAACCAGGAGGCACCCAUCAAUCCAGGUGCACUCCCAACUCCUCACCACCGCUCUCCAUCGCUACCACAUCAAUGAAACUGGCAUGAGAAUAUGGAACAAUCUUAUAAGAAACUAUUCUUUGGGUUGUUAUCCCCAAGAAGCCAUCCAUGUCUACCAGCAGAUGCAAGACAUUUGCUGCUCUCCCUUCCCCACUGACACCUUUACCUUUGCCUUCCUCCUCAAGGCCUGUGCUAACUUGUCUCUUGCCAAUGCUGGUAUCCAAUUCCAUGGACUUACCAUCAAGAAAGGCUUCGAGUUUAAUGUCUAUACACAUACUUCUCUGCUCAAUAUGUAUGCUACUUGUGGUUGUUUAGUGGACGCCAGGAGAGCUUUCGAUGAAAUGCCUGAGAGAAACUCGGUUGCCUGGAAUGCCAUGAUCACGGGUUAUGCGAAUUGGGGUGAGCUCAGCCUUGCAAGAUUGCUCUUUGAGAAAAUGCCUGUUCGCAAUGUGAUCUCUUGGACUGGUUUGAUAGAUGGUUAUACGCGAGCUCAUCGACCAGAGGAAGCUUUCGCUUGUUUUGGUCAGAUGAUGAUUCAAGGUACGAAUCCGACAGAAAUCACAGUUAUUGCCAUUGUUCCGGCCGUCUCCAAUUUUGGGGCGCUCGAUAUUGGUGAAUCCUUGCAUGGUUAUUGUGAAAAGACUGGCAUUUGUGCAUUGGAUAUUCGGGUUGAGAAUUCUCUCAUUGAUAUGUAUGCAAAGUGUGGCUCAAUAGAGAGCUCAUACAAAGUCUUUCAGGAGAUGCACGGUCGAAGGAAUUUGGUAUCGUGGACUUCGAUAAUUUCAGGGUUUGCGAUGCAUGGGAUGGCAAAUGAGGCAGUUCGACAGUUCGAGGAAAUGGGGAGGGCAGAUGUUAAGCCAAACAGGGUGACAUUUUUGAGCAUCUUGAAUGCUUGCAGCCACGGAGGACUAGUAGAAGAGGGAAUAAGAUUUUUCACAGGUAUGGUGUAUGAACAUGGCAUCGAGCCAGAGAUCAAGCAUUUUGGUUGCAUGAUUGACAUGUUGGGGAGAGCAGGGAGGUUAGCUGAGGCUGAGGAGAUGAUAGUCGGUAUGCCCAUGCAGGUGAAUGUGAUUGUGUGGAGGACCCUCUUGGGUUGUUGCAGUAAGCAUGGGGAUGUGGAGAUGGGUGAGAGGGUAAUGAGGAGGAUAUUGGAAUUGGAGAAGGGUUAUGGAGGGGAUUAUGUAGUUUUGUCUAAUAUGCUUACUGAGGUUGGUAGGUUUGAUGAUGCCGAAAGGGUAAGAAGGCUUAUAGAUGAGAGGAAUGUUAAAAAGGUUCCUGGGCUUAGCUUGGUUGGUGGGAAACACUAAUAUUUUGAAAAGAAAUUUUCGCAUGCAGUGCAUUUUUUGCAUCAAAAAUGAUGUGUUACUGCACCACUGUUAAACUUGCAGUGUGAAGUGGUAUGGUACCUAGGAAACUUCUGACCUGGUUGAUAGCCUGCUUGAUAUCAGAAAACCUGUAUGCAGAGAUUUUCUUUCCUUUUGCCCUUUUCAAAUAAACAAAGCUGAUUCUUAACUUAAAAGUAGGAUAUAAUUUUGAUUAUAUUUGGCAGAAUGUCAUGUGGGGAUUUGAGCUGUGCAAGAUUAGUUCUUGGUGAAAUGCCAGUGAGAGAUGUGGUGUCUUUGGAAAUUGCUGGUUUUCGGGUAUAGCCGAAA